ACACAGCGGCCAGAGCUGCUGCUGGUGCUGCCGCCGCUGCCGCCGUUCGCUGCUGGGGCAGGGGCAGGUACUGAGGGUGCGCGGCACCGUGCGGGGUUCCUGAGGAAAAUGCAAGGGCCUCCUGGUACUUUUGAAGAAUUCUUACAGUCUCAGAAAUUGGAUGAUUGGCCAAGAUUUCCCUUUCUUGAUGAAGAUCGUCCUUUGGUGGACAAAUUAAGAAAUAACUAUUCAUUUGAUGCUAUUUCUAAGUUUCUGUAUGAAAAUGCUCCAGUACAAAUCAGCCUUGUCUCAGAUUUGGAGAAGAGAAUAAAUGAGUGCACAACUGAAUUGAAGGAACACGCUGAAAAAAUAUUUUCUUUUCAACAAAGACCAACAGAGGAAGAUGACCAUCGUGUUUCACUAGAGCAAACCACUGAUACUCAAUGUAUUGAUUCAGAAGAAAUUUCGAUUCAAACAGGCAAGAUGAGGAAAACAAAGAUUGAUAAAUAUAUCACUGAAGAAUCAAGCAGAAAAAAUGUAAAGAAUUAUAGAUACCCAGGUUUCAAGUUAAAACAGCUUACAGAAUUACCAAGACACUUGGAAGCAGCAAAACUUUGGGACUUGGUUAUAAAAGCUCACAAUUUCAAAGGAGAAGUUUUUAAAGUUUGGCGAAAGUUGUUUCUCUCAGAAGCAUCUAUUGCUAUUUUACAGGAUUGUUUUUGGUGGUGGUUUCUUCAGAAGUUUAAGCCUAAUCAAGAAGAUCAAGAUUACUUGUUUGACAGAAUUGCAGAAAGUUUCAUGGCACUUUUCCUAUGUGUCCCCAGGAAUACUAAAGAUGCUUUUUUUCAGGUGUAUCCUGAUUGUUUGUCACAAGUCAUCUAUGUUGCUUUCUGUAAAGCAUUUCCAGAAUCCAGUAAAUCUUUUGAUGAUGCAUUUAAAGAUGGACUAAUGGAUUUAAUUUUUCAGUGGGUAUCAGGUCUAAAGCCACAGAAAUUUGCUUGGAAGAAAUGGAAUCUAGAUUGCCUGAGGAAGCCCACAGUAAAUGGUAGCAAGAAAGAUACUAUUACCAAGGCACCAGUUAAGGAGUCUGGCAAAUCCAAAGCAGUCAUUGAAGCCUGUGACCGGAUGGGGUCCAGACCUCUUUUACCUGGAGCAAGUGAGCAGCACUCAACCUCCCACUCAUCAGUGAGAUUUCAAGUAGGCCUUGAUUUCGAAGAUCUAACUGAAGAUACAAAAAAGAUGUAUAUUUCAUCAGCUGAAGAAAUGAAGAAAGACCGUAAAUAUAAAAUGGACAUGCCAAAAGAGUCAGAAACCAUAAAAGAGUCCUGUUAUAUUGGCUCAGGUCCUGACUUCCAGCGUGUACUCUUCAGAAUCGGUGGUCGAAGUCCUCUGGUCUCACAUUAUCUUAAGAUGCAUGAAAUCACUGAUGGUGUCUCAAGCUCUUUGACUUACAAGAUGAAUCGUACUGAAAUUUGCAAGCUACCAUAUCCUUUUCUGCUGUAAUCUGAGCUGUGUUUUUUAUAAACCAUUCUUCUACGCCUUUGACUAAAAUGGUUUAAUAUAGCCAAAGGAAAAAAAAGUGAAUGCAUUUCUAAAAUCUACCCAUGCAUUUUGUUUUCUUUUUCCAUUAUGUUCAAGAUAGUUGGACAGUUUUUUCUUCGCUAGACUAAAACAGACCACAGUAAUGCAGAAUAUCUCCUCAAGCGGUUAGAGCAAAACAGAAAAACGUAGCAGAUGUACAGCAUAAAGAUGGAAUGCGAUUGGUCCCUGAUCCUGUUAUCCUUAACAUAACAUUAAAAUGUCUACAUGAAACUUCUCCAUAAUUUUAUCAAACAUUUUGUCUUUUAAAUCCAUAUAUUAGAGAUAAGUCUGAACCAGAAACAUAAAUCCAAAACUUCCCAAAUAUUAGGGAAAUUCCAGCUUCACAGCUCAACCUAUUUCUGUUUUCAUCCUGAACCAGAACCCUGGAUCCAAACACCCCUAAAUAAGUUCAGAUUCAGAUCUGAACCUGGAUAUGAACUGUGUGAUCUGGACACAUCUCUGCCAAAACAGAACAAGAUGGAUGAUCUUCCAUGCUUUAAAUAAUGAGCAGGAGGAAGCUCGUGAAGGCAUGUUACGAAAAAUCUUAAAAAAAAAACAAACCUAAAACAUGGACAAAUAUCUACAUUUCAGUGUACCACUCAGAUCAUGACACAGCACAGAACGUCAUAAAAUAACUCAAGUGCACAAUUUUGACCACAGACUUAGAGCAUCUUUGGAGAAGAAUGGUUACUCCCUUUGUCAUAAAUGGCACAUGUUAUAAAGUCAUAAUUUACAAGAAAAAGAAACUCCUUGUCUCCAGCAAAUAUACGUAGGAACUAAAGACAACCUCUGCUGAACAUACAAAGCAAAUAAGAGGAAAUGCCGUAAAAUCAGAGUUCAAAAUAUCAUCCUUCUCACUAAAUACUUCCUAGACAUAGAAAUGUGGAGUACAAAAGUCCAUUCUGGAAACACACAAACUAUGAAAACUAAUCCAGUAGUCGGCACUUUCAAAGACAAAUAAAAACAGCAGGCAACAACUGGUGUACUAAUUUCAUUUAGGAAAUACUUUUUCCUCCGUCAGUGUAGGUGGUUUUGUAUCUCAUUAGUGGAGCUAAAGCAAACCAUUGAGUUUCAAACUUUGUAAAAAACCAACUCCCUUAGGCUUGCUUGGCAGAGUUCACAAACUCACUGCCACUUUGUUAAUGAUGGAAUAAAAAAGAAAUAUAAAAUGUACUUAGCUACCAUCAAGCUUCAUCACUCAGAUUGCUACAAGAAGUUAACGUUGCUUUCACAAGCUCCUUCUGCCAUCAACUACAGUGGCUCUAAAUGUGACUUUCUUGCUGUAUAUGGGCAGCCAAAGACGGUCCGGAAAGAAUAAACUGAGUUUAAAAUCCACACAGAAAUCCAAAGGAAGGUCAAUCAGACUAUCGUCUAGAAGUGCAGGCUUCAUGGAACAUGAAGAUCAUUACCUGAAAAUUGUUCUUUGACAUGAGACCAGAAAUAGAGGGCACAUAUUAAGGGAUUAGAUCCAGGGUAGGGAUAAUCUUUUGUCUUUGUGUUAUUGGUAAUGGAAUGGCAAAAGGAGAAUAGCUAAAACAAAAGAGCUGAGAAUACAGGGUUGUGACAGGGUGACUGGCUGCCUCUGUCUGCCUGACAACCACAAGCACACAGAAUAUCCAUCAGUCUGGUUUAGUGUAAUUAUGUCACAGAGCCCAAUUUCCAAUUAAAAUAUCACCUUUCCUUUGGCAUAGUUUUUUAUAUUGCGCCAUCCUACCAUUAACCAGUCCUGUAACUGUCAUGAAAUAAACUUUUAUUAUGUAAUUGAAUAUUCCACAUGCUUAGUUUACAGUGUGAAUAAUGCUGAACCAUAACAGUCUGCUUUUGUGGGUUCUGAUUUCUCAGUAGGAAUCCUUUCUACAGUUCAUUUCACUUAGUUGUCUGAUGAUGCAUACAUUUCAUAUAUGUAAACUGAUAAUUCAGUACUAGUCAUGUUUGAUUAUUGUAAUUUUUUUUAUAACAACACUGAUCUGAACUGAAUGUUGUUUUGGGGGUAACUUUGUUUGAUUUUGUCCUUCUGUAAAUUUGAUUGGAUAUAGCAUACCAACUAACUUCCCAAAAUGUCUGAAAAUAGAAGUCUUUUCACUUGACUGGAAUGGUAGCACACCAGUUGCUCCAACUUAUCAAGAAGUUAUUAAAGAGACACGAAGGCUCAGAAGGGAAUUCCGGGAGGAUUAUACUGUAUUUCAGAAUAAGUGUAGAGAAGAUAUUUCAGAAAUAGAAAAGCGGAGAAAAGAAAUUAACCAGAAGUUUAGAAGACUAACAGAGAGCGCCUGCAAGAAUCCCUCUGAACUAAGGCUGAAUGCAGAUAUGUUAAUGCAUGAACUGGAAUUUGCAACACGGGACAAGAAACCAUCCAGCAGUGGAAGAAAAGCAACCUCUUAAAUCAAGCAGGAUCCAAUCCAUCUUCCUGUGAAAUCAAUGGAAAGAUUCCCCUUGCCUUCAUAGGGUUCAAUCCAGUUCUCUAAAGCAACUAAAUCAACUGCUCAAAUUCACUUGGGAUGCAACCUAGUUUUUAAGUGUUGUACUGCAGAUACAGUGUUGGCUUUGUAUUGUGGAAUGCCAUUUAAAUAUCUUCAGAUUUAUUCUGAGUCAUUUAAUUUAAUAAUUCUCUGUGGUCAUAUCCUAUGAUUUGCUGUUAUACUUAGUCAUUUUAAAAAUGU